UUGCACGAAGCUUGCUACAGCGGACGUUUUGAGGAGGUAAAGUUUCUGCUUGAUAACGGCGCACAAUCUGGAAUCAAGGAUUCGGCAGGAUCCACGCCACUCCACUAUGCUGUUCUCGGAGGCUCUGAGGAUACAGUGAGUCUUCUUGCAUCACGAAGCUCUGUGAGAGAAAGUAUCGAUGAGCCAGAUGCCAAGGGCAAUCCGGCAUUAAUAGUCGCAAUCCUCCGACAGAACAGGCCUAUGGUACAAGCUCUCAUCGCCAACGGGGCAUCUGUCGAACACCAGGAUUCAGCUGGCUUAACGGCACUACACCACGCUGCCAUAGCGGGCUUUAACGACGGUCUUGAUUUGAUCAUUGAUGAAACCGCGGAUCUUAACGUACCAGACAAACGAGGUUAUACCGCGGUGCAUCAUGCUGUUAAUAGCGCUGAGGCGAGCAAUAACACGAUUAGACUUCUUAAAGAAGGAGGAGCAGAUUUAGAGGUGCAAGACCAUGUUGGGCUCACCCCGCUG